AUGUAUGGUCGACUCUUACAAAGUAUAUCAAAAUCAUGUACACAAAAUGAACUAUCUUAUCUCGAACAUUUAAUUGAAUUACGAUGUGAAAUCAACGAAGAAAAUUACAAUGCUUCUGCGCCACAAAUCAGACCUACACUUGUCUUUGAUAACUGGUUAUAUUUAGGAGACGUCGUACAUGCAUCAAAUGUUACACUUUUAAAGAAUUUACGCAUUACCCAUAUACUCAACGUUUCAGGCGAUGAUUGUCCAUUACUGACAGAUAGUCGAUUAAUGAAAGAAUUCAAAAUAAUGCAAAUUCCAUUAGAUGAUAAAGUACAUUGUGAUAUUCAACAAUAUUUUGAUAAAACAAAUCAAUUUUUACAUGAUGCGUAUACCAAUGGAAAACACAGAGUAUUAGUUCAUUGUAAAUGUGGUGUAUCAAGAUCAACAGCGAUUGUUUUGGCUUAUUUAAUCAAACAUCACAAUCAACCAUUAGAACAAGCAUACUUAGCUUUAGCUAGUAAACGACCUCAGAUAUCACCAAAUCUUGGCUUCUUAUUACAAUUAAGACGAUAUGAAUUGGAACUAAAGCAAACGAAAGCAGAGGACAUGACAGACAGCUGA